AUGUCUUCCUUGUAUGAAAAUUUGCGCCAGCUGAUCACCGUUGUUGAUGAGUUGCGCGAUGUAGGGUUGCAACGCUACAUCAGCUUGCCGCGAAUAGCGGCCAUUGGCACUCAAAGCAGUGGGAAAAGCUCGCUGAUCGAAUCCAUCGUCGGGCUUGAUUUUCUGCCUCGGGGCGGUGGCGUGGUGACCAGGCGGCCGUUGGAGCUGCGAUUAGUUCAUCUCAGCACUCAGGAAUUUGAUGAAGGCCAAGCUUGGGCGAUAUUUGAGAAGACAGGUGACAAGAAAUUCACAAAUUUCGACGAUGUUCGGAAGGAGAUCGAACGUCAAACCGAUGCCGUGGCUGGCACGAACAAGGGCAUCGUGAACGACCCGAUUGUGCUGACUGUCUAUGCUACGGGUGCCCCAGACCUUACUCUCAUCGAUCUGCCGGGUGUGACGAGAGUGCCACUGCGAGGCAGCGACCAGGUGGAUGACAUUGAGAAGGUCACCCGGGAGAUGACGCUGCAUUACAUCAAGGACCCACGGACAAUCAUUCUUUGUGUGAUCCCUGCGAACCAGGACAUGUCUGUAUCAGAUGCCCUUCAGCUGGCCAGACAGGUGGAUCCCCAGGGAAUGAGGUCCAUUGGAGUGAUCACGAAAAUAGACAUCAUGGACCAGGGCACAGAUGCUGUCAAGAUGCUUCGUGGUGAGGAGAUUCCGCUACGCUUGGGCUAUGUUGGUGUCAAGAUGCGCAACCAACAGGUGCCGGAAAGUCUCCUACAGGGUUGCUUUGAUGUUGCUUUGAUGUUGAUCCGUGCAGUGGCAGGUUUGGUGGGAACCAGCACCCUGAUUGACAAGCUGACGCAGCACCUGCGUUGCAUGAGAUACUGA